CGAUGGGAGAUAAUCUUGUACACCAUCCAUCGAUCUUCGCAACUUCGCCCUUGUAACUGGGUCAUCGGAGUCGCCUCGACAGGAAUCAUGUCGGACGCUGACUUCGAUACUGUUCGACGCUUGCAGGCAGAGCGCAAUGCUCAGGCUGCUGGCAAGAAAGGUUCAAAGACCUUCGAUCCAUCUAGUCAGCGCACUGACUCGUCGACCAAGGUGUCUUUGACUGAGACAUUUGACACAACGCUUUACGAGACCAAUGGCGCAGACAAAUUCGCCGGUUAUCACACCUCACUCCCGGCGGAUGGCGAGGACGACGAAAUGCCCGAUGCCGAUGACGGUCGGAGGUUGAUCGGGCAGUACACGGCAACAAAAGACCAGAUGAACGAGUUCGCAAGCGGAAACGGUGUGGAAGAGGAAGACAUCCUGCUUGGACGUGAGAAGUCUGCCAGGAUAGCAGAUCGUGAGACUGAUUAUCAGAAGCGAAGAUUUGAGCGAGGCCCACUCACGCCCACACGAGCCGAUCCCUUUGCGGCCAACAAACAUGCCGAGGUCACUGAAGGUGCCACAUAUCGAGAGGUCAUGCAGCUGCAAGAGCUGGAACGUGAGGAGGAACGAGUCCAAAAGCUGAUCGCUGAAAAGCAGGUGAACGGUGACGAUGUCGCUGAACAUCAACCAUCUCUAAAAGAAGACACAGACAAGGAGAACGCAGAUGCCGGAUCAACGGUCGAAGCGACGGGUCGAAAGCGAAGGAAGCGCUGGGACGUUUCGAACGAAGACACUCCUGCACCCGAUAGUGCCGAAGCUAAAAAGCGUUCGAGAUGGGAUCAAGCUCCAGCGCCAGAUGGGGCGCCCGCCCCAGCGAAACGGUCCAGAUGGGAUCAAGCGCCGGCAUUGUCGUCAGCGACACCGGCUGGCGGUGCUGUGGUUGCAUCUUCGGAGGCAGGCUUUGGAACCGAUGUUACUGGGAGAAAUGGUGUUUGGUCAGAUGAGGAGCUUGAUAUGAUGCUUCCAACGGAAGGCUAUACAAUUCUCGAGCCUCCUCCCGGUUAUGCACCUGUCAGAUCUGUGGCUAGGAAAGUCGCGGCUACACCGUCUGCCGCAAGCAGCUCAACAGGUAUUGGUGGUUUCAUGAUGCAAGAACCUGAAAACCCCAGAAGCAUGGGCAAACAACUUCCUACUGAGAUCCCUGGUGUUGGCGACCUCCAGUUUUUCAAGGCAGAAGACAUGGCUUACUUUGGAAAAUUGGUUGACGGAGCUGACGAGAACGCCAUGUCAGUGGAUGAACUCAAGGAGCGCAAAAUCAUGCGUCUGCUGCUCAAAGUCAAGAAUGGCACACCGCCAAUGCGUAAGACGGCUCUUCGGCAACUGACCGACAAUGCACGACAAUUUGGCGCGGGGCCUUUAUUCAACCAGAUCCUUCCUCUACUUAUGGAAAAAUCCCUCGAAGACCAAGAACGGCAUUUGCUGGUUAAGGUUAUCGACCGUGUCCUGUAUAAGCUGGAUGAUUUGAUCAGGCCUUAUGUUCAUAAGAUAUUGGUCGUUAUCGAGCCUCUCCUCAUUGACCAGGACUACUAUGCUCGCGUUGAAGGUCGCGAGAUCAUUUCGAAUCUUGCCAAGGCAGCUGGCCUGGCACAUAUGAUCAGUACUAUGCGACCUGAUAUUGAUCAUGUUGAUGAGUACGUCCGCAACACAACCGCAAGAGCGUUCGCUGUGGUGGCAUCAGCAUUGGGCAUCCCAGCGCUUUUGCCUUUCCUGCGAGCAGUGUGUCGGAGCAAGAAGUCGUGGCAGGCCAGGCAUACCGGUGUCAAAAUUGUGCAACAAAUUCCAAUCUUGAUGGGUUGCGCUAUUCUCCCUCAUUUGAAAGGCUUGGUGGACUGUAUUGCGGACAAUCUUAGCGACGAGCAGGCCAAAGUCCGGACGGUGACAUCUCUAGCCAUCGCUGCACUGGCAGAGGCAGCAAACCCAUACGGCAUUGAAAGUUUUGACGAUAUCCUCAACCCCCUUUGGACAGGAGCUCGCAAGCAGCGCGGCAAAGGUCUGGCUGGAUUCUUGAAAGCGGUCGGCUAUAUCAUCCCUCUCAUGGACGAGGAGUACGCAAACUACUACACAAGCCAAAUUAUGGAGAUACUGUUACGUGAAUUCGCAUCUCCGGAUGAAGAGAUGAAGAAGGUCGUGCUGAAAGUCGUAUCUCAGUGUGCAAGCACCGAUGGCGUUACGGCAGGGUAUUUGAAAGAGCACGUCCUUGCAGAAUUCUUCAAGAGUUUUUGGGUCCGGCGAAUGGCCCUCGACAAGAGAAAUUAUCGGCAAGUCGUUGAGACUACCGUCGACCUGGGUCAAAAAGUCGGCGUGAGCGAAAUCGUCAGCCGUAUCGUCAACAACCUCAAGGACGAGAGCGAAGCCUACCGGAAAAUGACGGUCGAAACCAUUGAAAAGGUCAUCGCCUCGUUAGGUGCUGCUGACAUCAACGAACGUCUCGAGGAAAGACUUGUCGAUGGCAUUCUAUAUGCCUUCCAGGAACAAGGAAUCGAGGACAUCGUCAUGCUCAAUGGCUUUGGCACUGUCGUCAAUGCCCUGGGCACUCGCUGCAAACCAUACCUCCCACAAAUUGUCAGCACCAUCCUAUGGCGGCUCAACAACAAAACACCCACUGUCCGACAACAGGCCGCAGACCUGAUCUCGCGCAUUGCCAUGGUCAUGAAACAGUGCGGGGAAGACGCGCUGAUGGGCAAGCUCGGCAUCGUUCUCUACGAAUACCUAGGCGAAGAGUAUCCCGAGGUUCUGGGGUCAAUACUCGGCGCCCUUCGUGGCAUUGUGACAGUCGUCGGCAUCAACCAGAUGCAGCCGCCCAUCAAAGACCUCCUGCCUCGUCUGACACCAAUUCUGCGAAAUCGACACGAAAAGGUCCAGGAGAACACGAUUGACUUAGUCGGCCGUAUCGCCGACCGUGGUCCUGAGUCCGUCAAUGCAAGAGAAUGGAUGCGCAUCUGCUUUGAGCUGCUCGACAUGCUCAAGGCGCACAAGAAGGGUAUCCGCCGCGCCGCCAACAACACGUUCGGCUUCAUUGCCAAGGCCAUCGGGCCGCAGGACGUUCUCGCCACACUGCUCAACAACCUGCGCGUCCAGGAGCGGCAGUCCCGUGUGUGCACGGCCGUCGCGAUUGGCAUUGUUGCUGAAACCUGCGCGCCAUUCACUGUGCUGCCUGCGCUGAUGAACGAGUAUCGCGUGCCAGAACUCAAUGUGCAGAACGGCGUGCUCAAGUCCUUGUCGUUCUUGUUCGAGUAUAUCGGCGAAAUGGCGAAGGACUAUGUCUAUGCCGUGACGCCACUUCUCGAGGACGCCCUGAUCGAUCGCGACCAGGUCCACAGACAGACGGCGGCGAGUGUGGUCAAGCACGUUGCUUUGGGCGUCGUCGGGCUUGGCUGCGAGGAUGCCAUGGUGCACUUGCUCAAUCUGCUGUACCCCAAUUUAUUCGAGACGAGUCCUCAUGUGAUCGAUCGGAUCAUCGAGGCCAUCGAGGCUAUUCGUAUGGCUGUGGGCACGGGUAUCGUCAUGAAUUAUGUCUGGGCUGGUCUUUUCCAUCCUGCUCGCAAGGUCCGCACGCCGUACUGGAGGUUGUACAAUGAUGCCUAUGUGCAUAGUGCGGACAGUAUGGUGCCUUAUUAUCCGGACAUGAGGGAUGAAGGGCUGCCGAGAGAUGAGCUGUACAUUACACUUUAA